AUGAGGCGGGGGCGCGUCGUGUACGGGGCCUUGGCCGUGGGGUUGGCGAUACUGUUGGUGGUUUCAGUUUGGCAGUAUCGGCAGCGGUCUCGGUAUUUUGAUGACGUUGCAAUUUUUCGCAGCCCAGUGCAAGAGAGGGAGCGGCUACCAGCCCACCCUUGCUGGGCCGUGCCCGUGUGGAACAAGUGCUUCGUGGCAACCGCAGACAUUUCACCGGCACCCCACGUCGGCGAUACAGAGGUGGACUAUCCUUUUGAUCUUGAGUGGUAUCGCCAAGGCUUGAGUGCCUUUCAAGCCAGGGCAGCUGAGCGGCCCCUGCGCAUUUACGUGGUAUCGGAGCAGUUGCCAGCGUUUCUGACUGAGAUGCUGCCCCUGCUCGAGGCCGCUCAGCAGCGUUUCGUGCUGAUCUCGGGGCUGUCGGACCUCACUGUCCCACAAAUGACCCUUAUGCCGGGGUUUCACUAUCAUUCCAAAGUUUUGGGUGCAUCGGUCAGCGCGAUCUUGGACCACCCAUUGCUUGUGCAAUGGUUUGCACAAAAUGCCGGGCUGGUCCACGAGCGGCUGACGGCCUUGCCCAUUGGGGUUGACCUGCACACACAGUCUUUUCGCGGACAGCGCACAGUUCAGCAACAAGCUGAAGAGCUGGCCCGCAAGCGUACCGAGCAGUUGCGCUUCGCUUUCCGACGCCAAGAGGUCAUCUUGAACAUGGGGCUCAAAGGCACCCGAGCCCAGAUCGCUGCAGCGUUACGCGAGCGCCUCGGUUCGGCUGUACUCGAGCCCGGCCGCAUUGAACGUUUGGCUCUCUGGACGUACUAUGCUCAAACGCAAUUUGUGCUGAGCCCACCGGGUGUGGGCUACGAUUGCCAUCGUACUUGGGAGGCUCUCCUGAUGGGGGCCGUGCCCGUAGUUGAACGCCGCGCGGCCUACGACGCGCUUUUUGAUCAACUGCCUGUCAUUCGCAUCGACAACUUGACAGCCCUGCCAGAAGAAGACUUGCUUGCUGCUUGGACAGCGCAGGCCGAACAGCGAUUCGUGCACUUUGACGAGACACUCCUCUUGUCACGCUACUGGAUGCAGCUCAUCCUUAUGGCGGGCUUGGAGACAACAUCCGAGCGUGCAUCCCGCAUGAUGUGA